AUGAAAACUCUACUAGUCACCCUAAUCCCAUUUCUGGUGCGAUUUUCAAGUUCCGCCAUCGUCGGAGCGCCAGAAGUCAAAUGCUCUUCCAGCGGAAUUAAAGUUUUUCUCGACUUUGACGAGCCGUUUAAAGGCGCGUUAUAUCUAAAAGGCUCUUCAACAAAAAAGUCGUGCAAAGCAGAUUUUGCGGAAAAUCCCACCAAAAAUAUUUCGUUUCAAUUCUCCUUCGAUGAAUGUUCAAGCAGAAGAAAACGAGAGAUAAGCCCAACCCGUGGAUUAACAAUGUCUUCAGUGCUCUUCGUGAGCUAUCAUGGCAAAAUCAUCACAUUUCGAGAUAUCGCUUAUCAAAUCAAUUGUUUCUAUCGAGAAGAGAACAAUCCAAUCAUCGCUCAUCUCAAUGUAACGGAACCAAAACCGAAAAUCCUAUCCGAACAACCGGACAUGCCAAUCUGCGAAUACAAGGUCGAAGUUGCGUCGGGAUCAUCAAAAGAUGGAGUUGUCACCUCAUCAAUUUCUGGCAACUCACCUGUGGUUAGUGUUGGCGAUCCCGUUGUACACGUCUGGUCAUGCUCCGGGGAAUCUCUAACUGAUGUCUACUGCAUGAAAGUGCGAAGUUGUAUAGCUGAGGAUGGUGACAAGGAAAAGAUACAAGUCGUCGAUGACAAUGGAUGUGUCGUUGACGAUGAGCUGAUCUCGUCGAUUCGCUACAACGACCAUCAUCUUCGAGCUGUCGCAACUUCUAAAGCUUUCAAGUUCGCUGACAAACACUCGAUAUAUUUUCAAUGCUCGAUUGAGUUCACCGUAAAAAGUCCGACAGAAUCGUGCCCAGUGGAUAAUUGCUCUGCUAGCCGAAAAGCGAGAUCUCUCGCCGACACCAUAUUGAUUUAUAAGAAGCAAUUCUUCAAGCAAAUCCCGAUACCGAUUACAGUUUCGUCGUUGGAGUUACUCGUCGAACCCCGAGACCACAAAAUGGUAGAUGAUUCCGAUAAAUCAUGCGAUUCCAUCACUCCGAGCUCUCCGCCAACGGUUUUUGUCACACCGAGAAUCCCGAUAUUGCGGAGCUCGCCAUUAUCGACAAAACGAGAAAAGUUGGAAAGAACACCACAAUUUCGACGCCCAGCUCCAAAAGUGGCGAAAACGGCGCCGCCAAUGAAAAGCGUUUAUACCGCAAUGCAAUGCCGAUUCCCGAGAAUUAUUUCUUAUAAUGGAACAACAAUGCCGCUAAGCAGCCCAAUUUACAAUAAAGAAAAGAAGGAAACCUAUUUUGAGCAAUGUUUCAAGAUCGACGCCAUAAUCGGAAAAGGAUCUUUCGGAGAGGUUUACGCGGUGCGAUCGCUUGAAGACAGUCAGCGUUAUGCAGUCAAAGUCUCAAUUCAAUUAAUUCGCCAAAAUUGCAUUAGCAAAUAUCGCGAGGUUGAAAAUCACAUGCGAUUGCCAAAACAUCCUAAUCUCGUGGAAUUUGUGAAAGCCUGGGAGGAAGGUGGUCGAUUGUAUAUUCAGCAAGAGCUCUGUGAGAAGAGCCUUCUUCAGCAUUGCAUGGAGCAUCAUGCGAUACCAGAAGAGCAGAUCUGGAAUAUUCUUAUUGAUUUAUUGAAUGCAGUUCAUCACUUACAUUCAAAUGAUAUGAUUCAUGAUGAUAUCAAGCCGGAUAAUAUUUUUUUGAGCUCACAUUCAAUUUGCAAAUUAGGAGACUUCGGUCUAGUGAUUAACCUCAAAAACCCAAACGAUGUAAAAUCCGCCGAGGAAGGAGAUAGUAAAUACUUGGCGCCUGAGGUGCUCAACGGCUCGCCGAGCAAAGCCAGCGACAUAUUCAGUUUGGGAAUGACCAUACUUGAAGCGGCAACCGAUUUGGAUAUUCCGUCAAACGGCGAAAAUUGGCAUCAAAUUCGAAAUGGUCAAAUUCCUGAUCGAUUUUUCAUUGGAAUUUCGAAGAAUAUGCGGUUCUUGAUUGAAUGGAUGUUGUCUUCGGAUCCUACCGAACGUCCGACAACCUCCGAGCUUCUCAGACAGCCGUGCGUCAAGAGGCGAUUGUUCAGACGAAACGCCUACAUCGCGUUCAUCGGAUUGUCCAAAUGGCUAACGAACGCUUCGUUUAUUGUAUUCACAUGGGUCAUUGCUCUUUUCUCGUUCCUCGUGCAUCCGCCGCUCGUCGCGUUUUCCGCGGUCUGCAAUCGUAGAAGCUCGAUUUGUGCGCUCACCAUAAGCAAGCAACCGCGCACUCCGAUUCACACGCCGGAAGCGAAUAAGGUGUUCGCAAGACCGUUGUCGGUGGCGACGCCAUUUGAUUAUUCCGAUGAUGAGAAUGUUGAUUAUCAACGGCGGCAAUUUGCCUCGAUUCCGCGAUGGUCUCUGGAUGACGCCGAAGAUGACGAGGUUCCGACGUCAUCGUCAAACUCGUCAACAAUCGACUCGACGACAGUCAGCACAUCUUCGCCAGCGACUGCUGACAGCCCGCUAUUUGAGAGUCCAAGACGACGUGUUAAUAAAGGAUUGCCGAAAGGAAGACCUCUUCAAAGUGCUCGACAGCUUGUGCCGCCCGCACAUAAAGGCGAUGGUGAUUAUGAUGAGAUGCGUCAAAUGCGAUCCGAAGUUGACACUGAAGUUUGUGAUCCGCAAACUUGGCAACGAGAGAAAUAUGAGAGAAUGAUGAAGAUGGAGGCUUGCAUGGAUUCUGAUGACAACGACGCUGUUAUAUCGGAAGUGAUUUCGCCAAGAAUGAAGAUUGCACCGCUUUCGUGCCCGCCACUACGAAGUGUGCGAAAGUUGAACGUGCCGAGAGCGCCAGUGCUCGACUUCAAUAUUUUGGACGGCGAAAAGAACAAGCAGCAGCAGCAGCAACGGACGGCAUCGAUCAAAAAGUCGAGAAUUGUGCGAACGAGCCUGCGCAGUCGAAUGAUGGCCGAUCAAGGAUCGUCGGCGGAUGAGAUUUGA